UAUUUUUGAGUCAUUAUGGCUUUUUUAUGUUGUUACAUGGAAGUUAACAUGCUGCUGUUAAAUGGAAAUUUUUUAUUGCUGUCUCCACCUGCUGCUUGCUCUUUUUUUGUGAUUGACCUGAGAGAGUUAGCUGACGACAUCCUAUGGCAUUGUGACACAAUUUAGUGCCCAGAGUGGUAGCCAGUUAAAAAGAGGAAUCGGAUCUACAAAAAGGGCAAGCCAUCGAGGAGUCAACCACUUGAAGUGUUCAGCAUGACAACCAUAAAGCUCUGCUUUGUCUUCAUUUUGGUGUUUGCUGGUGAGUGGGAAUGUUACUUUGGCUUAUUUGAAUUUGUCUCCCGCAGUUCAUUAUUCUCUAGGUAAAUUUAAGGAGUGAGCAUGUAACAGAUAAAGGACUGAAUAUUUACCUGAACGUCCCUAACUUCACUUUUGUCUUCUAUCUGUGAGAUGUUGCGUUGGGUACCAUUGAGAAGAGGAUUCUUAAGGGUGAAAAAUGCAAAAAGUUGCGGCAGUACCAUGUAAAGAUCAAGUCUGUCCAAAAGAAGACUACCUGUGGGGGCUCUCUGAUCAAACCCCACUGGGUCCUCACUGCUGCUCACUGUGGAGAACAGUAAGACACUUGCAGACCUUGACCUACAUGAUGCGGUUCUGAUGUAAUUAAUUUAAAAUAUAAACCAUGAAAUAAUGAUGGAAAAUGGCUGGUGCUAAAAUGUAGCUAUGAUAAAGGGUGGAUACAAUGCAAUUGCAAUUAGUUGUAUAGAUUUGAAGGUCUUUUUGUUGAAAUCUCUUGUCCUCUUUUUUUUUUAGGAGUUUGGAAGUGACGCUUGGCGCCAAUUAUGAUGCAUCAUUUUUCUCAAAAGAAUUUUUUAAAAGCGACAAACAAACAAUUGAAGUGAAACAACAAUUCCCAUAUAAAGACGAAGAAGGGAAUCCCCAUGACAUAAUGCUCAUAAAACUGACUAAAGAGGCAUCUGAAAAGCUUCCAAAGGCGGUUCUUCCUCCUGUUGAGUGUACCAGACCACAAGAGAAUACGCAGGUUCAGGUUGGAGGCUGGGGAUCCACAGACCCUUCAAGUGAGCAGUUCAUUCAUGCAGAUACCAGAUUGAUUAGUCAAAUUAGCAGUCACUUUCUAAUGCUGUUUUCAUAACUCCACAGAAAACAAACCCGCCAAAAAGUUGAUGUGCGCGAACACAGUAAUGGCUGCAUGUGGUGAGAAAGAUAAGCCUGACAGUAAAUACCACAGUGAUGAGACUUUGACUAUGUGUGCCUUUAAAGAAGGUGUCAAGUCCUGCUAUGUAAGAAAACAGUUCCAUCUUAUAUGUUGUGUAUUUCAUCUGGUAUUCAUAACUUUUGUUCAUGAGAUGAAAUUUUUUUUAAAGUCUGAUUUCUCUCCUGCAGGGUGAUUCAGGCUCAGCUGUGGAGUAUGAAGGUAUGCUGUAUGGGAUCAUUGUCAGCAACCCUGUGGAUAAGUGUGCAAACCCGAUUGUAAUGCAGGAUAUUUGCUUCUACAGAAAGUGGAUUGACCAGACCAUAAAAGACAAUGAUUAAUAAUCCUCAUGUUCAUUAUGAGAUCACAAAAAUAUUAAUAUUCCUCCUUUACAAACAAAAGAAAUUAAUGUGUCCUCAGAAAAGAUGAUUUUAACAUAUAUCUUGAAAAUCAGGAUUACAGGCUAUACUUUUAUUGUCAACUAUUGUCUGUCAACUAUAUUUCCAAUAAUAAAGAAAGUGGUCUCUUGUAGUUCUUGUGAAAUCUGUUUCUUUGCAAAAUAUUUGAAUUUCAGGAGUCUGAUACUAAAAAGGCUUUCAACACUUCUUAUGUUCUGGUCCUCUUACAGUUGAAGGGUCAUGUGCACAAAAUUAGGUAGACUUAUGUUACAGUUGGUAGAAGUAUUGGUUGUAAAACGUCUUCUCUUUCUGCUUUCAGACUUUCUACGAACACACACACACACACACACACACACACACACACACACACACAUAUAGGUGCAUCUUAAUCAAUUAGAUAACCAUUAAAAAGUUGACUAUUUCAAGUGUUUAUUUCUUUUAAAUUUGAUGAUUGUAACUUACAGCUAAUGAAAACCCCAAACUCAGUACCUCAAUAAAUUAGAAUACCACUGAAAACCAAUAAAAAAAGGAUUUUCAACACAAAAAAUGUUGGACUACUGAAGAGUGUGAACAUGUAUAUCUCUCAGUACUUGGUUGGGGCUUCCUUUGCAUGAGUUCCAGCAGCAAUGUGACCUGGCAUGUUGGUGAUCAGUCUGUGGCACUGCUGAGGUCUCAUGGAGGUCCAGAUUUCUCAGACAUGGCUUUUGCUGUCACAGCCACUAUUCUCAGGGAUGAAAUAAGAGUUUUUCUUUAUGGACUUCUUUUGAUAUUAUAGCGCCACCUGUGGGUCAAUGACUGAUUUUAUGCAGAUGAGAUGUAAGUGGAAUUUGCAGCCCAAUUGUAAACAAGAGUAGUGGAAGUUAAGUCACCAUUCUUUCUUUUCCUGUGACUUUUGUAAAUAACCAUUUUACAAUUUCACUCAGAUGCUUUUAUCCAACUGCUUAACUUUUUUUGUACUGUGCUGCAAAGGACUUGGCAACACGCACAUUUACUUGGCACAUGAAAUCCAAGGUUGUAAAAGGCAUGACAUGACACAAGUUUUUCAGACACAUUUUUAUUCAGAUAAGCACAUAAAUACAUAAAAAGUUUUUGUAUGAUUGAAUGAUAUGCACUUAUUUCUGUUUCGGCUGUACUUUUAAAUACUUCAAGAUGUUCUUGCUCUGAAGGCAGCUUAUAAAAGAUCUCAUAGGCCAGUUCUUUGUACAAAAGCACCUUAACAUGUCUGACUUUCACACACAUGCAGAAACACACAUACAAACAAAUGCGGAUGUGAAUAAAAUCAAUUGUUCAGGUUCACUUGCAAGACUGUUUCCCAUCAUCUCUUAUUAAGACAGAAAAAAAAGCUCUUUUUUGACUUUAGUUAGGUGUGUCACACAAACGAACAAACACACCAGACAUGGACUGGAUGGGGAACAUUUGCACACUUCCUGUUCCUGUGAGGGUAUGGUCUUUGCAGCUGACAGUCUUCGUGAUGACACUCUUAGUGCUGGGUCAGAUAAUCUUGACCACAGGGAAAUACUUGUGAGCUGAGAAGUCAAACUCUGGCAGGACCUUGAGGGGCAGAAAUUGGGGUUUCACUCCAAUAAAGUUUAACAAUAUUUAGUUGUGUUACAAAUGUUACUACAUUAACAUUAGCCAAUCACAAUGCACUAU